UCUCAUUAUGUAUUUUGAUUUACAGAAAUUUGAGGGCCUCAAAUUUAGAACUAUUUUCUGCUUCCUUAUCUCCCUGACUAGCUAUUGGGAAAUGGGAUUCAAUGGGGCAUUCAAUCGUUGAUCCUCAUAAACUGAAGCUACAGAUCGGGAACGAAAGGGGCUUACCAUCACUGGGAAAUACGGAGUGACCAAUAAGAACAAUAAGAACGACGUUCCGAUCCGCUGGCUCUGUUUUUUUUUUUUUUUUUUUGUAAAACCCAUCGUAUGGGGAUAGGCACAUUUGCGGGUGACAUUUUCGAGCAAAGUAAAACCCCAUUUGUAUGUAAAUUCCCCCCUUCAUUCCGAUUAUUUACGCGCUGGUUCCUUUUAUCACCACUUUCGUAUAAAUUUACUGCCGCCAUCUUCUCAUCAUUCAUCAAUCUCCCGCCACCUUCCUCUCCCGCCAGCUGUCAGACAGUUUCUCAAUCAACCGCGAGCUUCAUUGCAGCAUCAGGUGUUUUUAUGAAAAAGAAAUCUUCAUUCUUAAAUAAUAGGGAGCCAGAGAAUUACUCUAACUUGAAGUGGAUAGCUAUAUGAAUUUUGCUCUAUACAAUUCACGGGUUAUAAAUGUUCACAAACAAUAAAAGGCAGGAAGAGCGUACCGGCAAAUAUGGGACUCCUAGGGUGCAAUACCUUCAGGAGCUGGUGUCUCGGUUCCAAAAUGCAUCUGAUGAAGAAACAAAGGAGCAGGUAGUGGCUAAUUUGGCAAACUUUGCGUAUGAUCCAUUCAAUUAUACUUUUUUGCGCCAGCUUAAUAUCAUAGAGCUUUUCCUGGAUUGUAUAACUGAACCUAAUGAGAAGCUUGUUGAAUUUGGUAUUGGAGGAAUCUGUAAUUGCUCUGCAGAUCCAGCAAAUGCUGCGCUUGUCACUCAAAGUGGUGGGAUUCCGCUGGUCAUACAAUGCCUAUCAAGUCCUGUUCGAAACACGGUAUGUUAUGGUCUUGGCGCAUUGUAUUACCUUUGCAAUGAAUCAAACAGGAAAGAAAUCUUGAAGCCUGAAGUAGUAGAUGUGAUCAAAAGGUAUGCUGCUGCCGGCGAAGUUAGUGCAAGUUUCAGUCAUCUGGCUCAAGCUUUCUUGGAUAAGUUCGUUUCAGACCUGAAAUGAAAUGUUCGUAUAUGGUAACUAAGGUGGGCGUAUGAGAGUCUGUCUAUACACGUUCUGCAUGCUUAGAGUAACGUCUUUAAAGCAUAUGGGAUGUGGACUAGCUUAGAGAACACUUCUGGCUGUAGAUCUGGAAAAAUAAAAGAAUCAGACAACCUUGCUGCUAGCUUAGCUUGUCUAAAAAAGUGAUGACAACGCAAGUUCAGCUUCACAUUUGAAUUUAGAAAACUGAUUGUCCCAAAAGUGAUAACGCAAAUAAGAAAAACCAGGCCCUUCUUAUAAUAACCUAAAAGGUCAAGACCAGGCCAAUUUUUUCAACUUAAUCACCACAAAUUUGUAGACUUUAGUAAUGACAACAGAGACUUAGAAGUUUCAAGGUUACGGAGAAUGAGAUGCCAUAGCCUGCUGGCCUUGAAAAGCUAUGGGCGAAACAUCAAACAUGGGAUAAACUUUUGGUCCGUUCAGCCCUACAAGCUAGAAACAGAGAAGUUUGAGGAUAGUCAAAACUCAAAACUGGUCACUACAUAUAUUGCAGGCACUGGGAUUUAUUUUUUAUUUGUGGGGUCUAAGACUAUAGUUAGUUGACAAUUUCAUAGGUGUGAGAUAUACUUGCAAGCUAGUUUGAGCAAUGAUCGAGAACGAGACCUCCUCUGGGAAUAGAAAAAAAACAUGCAGUUUCAUCUUUGUCUUCAAACACAGUUCUCUUUUCAAUAUCUUUUCUUUCAUUUGUAUGUUUAGUGUCACUUUGAAUUAGGCAUGACAAUGGGCCAGGUAGAUGCUUCAAUACUAUCACCCUACCUACUUCAUUGUGGGCAUGUGGCAGGCCAUACCGCCCCAAAUGUUUUGGGGCAGGGCGAUCCUUAUGGGUCGAGUUAUUUUGUCAUGCUUACUUUGAAUCAUGGGCAGAAAAUGAGUUGAGCCACUUAUGGUUGAACUAAAAAAGUUACUUCCUCACCAGAGUUAACUUCACGCUGCCUCUUGUUUUAUCUUCAGGUAACCAACAUGAUUAACAAUUGUAAGUGUUGAUAAGAUUUUGGAUUUCAUCUUAAAAAUAAAC